AUGUCAACAACAUUCAAUGUAUUUAGAUGGUCUGCUUUAGGAGCAGGUAUAAUAUAUGGAGCUUAUCAUAGGUAUUCAUUAGAAUCAACUCAUGCAAAAAAAGAAGCUGCUAAAAAAUGGAAACAUGAAGAAAAAUUAAUUCAACAAGCAAAAGAUGAAUAUAAAAAAUUAAAUGAACCAAAAACUACAACUCCAACAAAGCCAACUUCAAUAACUACUGGAUCAAUUAAUUGGGAAGAUCCUAAUUUAGAUUUAGGUAAAGCUUUAGAUUCAUUACUUGCAAAAUUAGAUUAA